GGCGUCUGUCUGAAUAAUCCCUUUGGAGAAAUUCGGAAAAGAAAGAAAAUGCUGUUCGUUGAGUGCAAAGGGACGCCUUACGAGAUCGGGCACCAGCACGGCACCGCCGCGCGCGCCGAAAUCGACCGCUGCAUCGCCUUCUACGCCAGCCUCUUCCAGAAGAACUGCAAGCAAGAAUGGCCACAGGUGCUUUCCAACGCUGAAAAGUUCGAGCAAGCUGCGAGGGAGAAAUGGCCUGCGUACCAUGAGGAAAUGCGCGGCAUCGCCGAUGGUUCAGGGCGAGACUUGCUCGACAUCGUCGCCAUCAAUGUGCGGACGGAGAUAAACUUCGGCCUGUUCAGCGACGGGUGUACGGCGCUGGCGUGGCAUACAGAGAAGAGGGCAUACCUGGGGCAGAACUGGGAUUGGAUGACCGCGCAGUCCCCCAACCUGAUCCUCACCCACAUCUCGCAACCCUCCAAACCCACCAUCCUCCAAAUCACAGAAGCCGGCAUCCUCGGCAAAAUCGGCUUCAACAGCCACGGCGUCGGCACGCUGCUCAACGCGAUAAAAGCGCCCGGCGUCGACGCCUCGCGGCUGCCCGUGCACUUCGGCCUGCGCAUGGCGCUCGAGAGCCGCAGCGCGGCGGAAGCCGUGCAAAAGCUAGAGAGCCACGGCAUGGCUGCGAGCGCGCACAUCCUCGUCGCGGACGCGCACACCGCCGUGGGCCUGGAGUUCACCAAGAGCACGUUUGCGCAGUGUCGGCCGGACGCCGGGGGCCGCGUUGUGCACGCGAACCACCUGCUGGAAGAGCAUCCGGGGGAGGUGGACACCGUGUGGCUCAAGGACUCGCCGGUGCGAGUGCGCACUAUGAUGCAGAACUGCGCGAAGCUGGGCAGCGAGCCCGGCUGGGAGGAGGUGAGCCGGCUGUUUGAAGACGAGCAGCAUCUGCCCGGCGCGAUUUGCCGGGUCGAGACGCCGGAGAGUGGCAGUGGGACGCUGUUUAAUAUAUUGAUGGAUUUGAAGAGUAGGACGGGAGUGCUGAGGAUGGGCAGGCCGACGCAGGUUGAAGAGACGGUCACGCUGUCGUUGUGAGGAGAGGAGGAUAGGUGUAUGCGGGCACAGAUGUUGCUUUGUCUGAUAAUUUAGGAAAGGGAGACUUCAGUAUCGUGGGCUUUAGGUGUCUAGUUACCUAGAAGUGGAUAGCGUAACCUUUAGGCGCCAAACACGAGUCUCUAGAAUGCGCUGUGUUGUUACACGGAUUGCACGGGGCCCCGUCAGACGAAGCGAUAUCAGAGCGUAGCCAGGAGCCUGCGCCGCGGUCUGCGUCACAUGCGCUCAACUAGGAACCUUGGAAUACUUCGAAAGGCAUAACAGUAUCACGUGCAGAGUCAAACAUGUGCGCCAAAUGGCGGCAGACUGUUCCUAUAUA